CGUUUUCUAUGGAGUCGUGAGAGUAAUGGCGGGAACUGGAGAACAACUUAAGUGUUGAAUAAAUAAGUUCUUAUAAUUCUGGUUUUUAUUGAAACUAGCGUGCGAAGAAAAUGUCAAGUUUAACUGAAGAGCAGCGUAAAAUGAUUGAGGAAAAAAGGCAGCGUGCUUUGCAAAUUAGAGCUUCAAAAUUGGCGGCUCAACAAGUAAUUAAUGCCAGCAAUGAACGUAGGAAGUCUAGUGAAGGUUUGAAACCACAUGUGCCAGUUAACACUUUUAAUGAUGUGUCUACAGUCACCUGUUACAUGAUUUCCAGCGACAGAUUUUCCGUGUCAGUUGCCUAUAAUAAUCGUUUGAUUGAAACAUUUAAGUCUUUGGAAAGCAGCCGUUAUGAUGCUGUUAGAAAAGAGUGGAAUUUCCCCAUCAAGGAUUACUCGACAUUCACCCAGAUCCUGAAGCGUUUUAGGAACACUGUCAAUCUUGUUGGACUGCCAAAAAUAAUACUGGAGACUUUCCGGGACUGCAAACGAUCCAGAGAAGUCAGCGACGAAGAGCUUUCUCGCAUCGACCCACAGUUGAUGAGCAACUUGAUGCCAUUCCAGUUGGAUGCAGUGAGGUUCGGGGUGAAGAAUAAUGGCCGCUGCCUCCUUGCAGACGACAUGGGUCUGGGCAAGACGAUCGAAGCACUGGCCAUUGCAGACUUCUAUCGUGAAGACUGGCCGUUGCUGAUCGUGUGUCCGUCGUCAGUGAAGUUUGACUGGCGAAGCGCCAUUGAAACCUGGCUGCCGAGUGUGCCGUCCAGCCUGGUGCAUGUGAUGACCUGUGGCAAGGACUCCGUGAAGAGUGAGACGCGCGUGGUCAUCAUAUCGUAUGACCUCCUGACGGAUCAUGGCACGAAACUUGCAGCGCGGCUAUCCUUUGGAGCAGUCAUCAUGGACGAGUCUCACUACCUGAAGAACAUCAAGUCGAAGCGCACGAUCACCAGCUUGGAGAUCCUUGCGCGGACCAGGAGGGUGUUGCUUCUGAGCGGCACGCCCAUGCUGUCGCGCCCCUCCGAACUCUACACGCAGAUCGCCUGCAUCGAGCCAGGGGCGUUCAGGACGAAACACGAGUUCGGACUGCGCUACUGCAACGCGCGGAAGCGAGUGUUCGGCUGGGACUACUCGGGCUCCUCCCACACGGAGGAACUGCAGCUGUUGUUGGAGAGACGCUUCAUGAUCCGUCGUCUCAAGUCGGAGGUGCUGAGCCAGCUGCCAGCCAAGCGCAGGCAGGUGGUCGUGCUGGACUCGAGCCAGUUCUACGCCCCCUCCACGGAGGUGAAGGGCUGCCUCAUGUGCUUCAACGCCACUGGCCGGAGCGCCGCGGAGCGCCGCGGAGCACUCCUGUCCUACUACAACGCCACUGGCAUCGCCAAAAUGCCCGCCGUGCUGGACUACAUCUCGAGGCUGUUGGAUCACGGCCGCAAGUUCAUCUGCUUCGCCCACCACCGGUGCAUGCUGAGUGCCAUCUGCCGGACCAUCAGCGACCACAAGCUCCGGUACAUAAGGAUCGAUGGCUCCACCACGUCUGAGCAGAGGAAGCUUUACUGCGACCGCUUCCAGUACGACGAGGGCGUGGUGGCAGCCGUGCUGUCCAUCACUGCUGCCUACUCGGGCAUCACGCUCACGGCUGCCGACCUCGUAGUCUUCGCCGAGCUCUUCUGGAACCCCGGGAUCCUGCUGCAGGCAGAGGACCGGGCGCACCGGCUGGGGCAGCGCAGCAGCGUGGAGGUGCGCUACCUGGUGGCCCAGGGCACGGCCGACGACCACCUGUGGGAGCUCAUCCAGGGCAAGCUGGGCACGCUGAACCAGACAGGCCUCAGCAAGGACGACUUCCACCAGGCACCGGUCGCCGUCGACACUCAGGCCGGGCCCAGGUACAAGACCCUGGUGGACUACUACAGGGAGCUGGACCCGGAGGCUGAGCCCGGGGAGAGUGUGGACCUGGACCUGGACAGCGUCAAGGUGGUGGUCCAGAUCGAGCGGCCGGGAGAGACAGAGACGGUAGAGCUGGACAUGGGUACCAUCAGGCAGGCGAUGGAGGAGAGGCGGAGGCGGGGCGACGAGUCUCCGGACCACGCGUGCUGCUCAUCUUGACUGGCCCCUCGCACGCCUUCCCGACACCCACCUACCUACUGAACCGGAGAUGAUGGGACAUACUUCUUUCAGUGUGUGUUUGCAUUUCAACAUGUUUCACUGUUGUGUUUUAUUUUCCCCCAGUAAGUAAGCUCAGUUUUUCAGUAUUUUAAACAUAGAUAACAGCUUUCAAAAAAAAAAUUGUGCACCUUAAAAAAGCAAAGCCUUCGGAUGGACACUAAAUGGUUUUGUUUGGCCCAUUAUAUAAUAUGAAGACGUUAAAAUAUUAUUCUGAAUUCAUGUUUAUUCAACUGCAGGAAGCAAUACUAUAAAAAAAAGUGCCGGACAUUGUGAAUAACAGAUAAGCAGAUUCAUUUCUUCAGAAUAAAACUUAAGUAUUAUCAUAAAUCAUUUUCCCUUAUCAGUUAGAAUUAUAAAUCAGUUACGUUCUUGUUUAAUGAAUCAUGUAUUUCAGAUUGAUUAACCAUCUUCUGAAUGCAUAACCUUAACAGCUGGAAUUGGUGUAACUAUUCCCCCCACCCUCCACCCUUUUUGCAUGUGAGAUCGCUGAAACGAGAACGACAGCUGAAGAAGAGCGAAGGGUCGCAGCAUUAGCAGCAGGUGUCAUGCCCUCACCGCAGUGAUCUCCAUUAGCAGGAUGUUAUUUUAUUGCUAGGCUCUGGCAAUAAUUCUUUUGACAUAAAUUUUACUGAGUUAAAACACCCAACUAGGAAUAUCAAGCACAGUGAAUUUCUUCCCAAAAAUAUUGAACCCAUUUUUAAAGCUUUUUUUUUUUUUUUCCUCUCAAGAGAUUUGGAGUUAAGAGGCGUGCAAUACAGGGUGACUGGGGGGGGGGGGGUGUUUCUUUGUUGCUGUUCACUGUUAAAUACACAAAAUGUUCAAACAGAAUAUUUAUUGAAAUAGUACACUCAAAUUAUAAGCUUUCAUUAAACAUAUAGCAUAUUUCUGCUGUGUGGAUUGGUCACUUUAACUCUCCUGACAACUUUCACAAUUCCCUGUUCAUCAGCUGCAAACACAAAGAUUUUGGCCUAAACAAUAUGCACUAAAAGAUCUACACUGCCCACAUAAUAAAAACAAUUUAUAAAACAUAAGAUCAUUGGGGUUUCAUUCAAACUGGGCAUCUACUCCAGUAUAUAUCUUCAAAUUAUGCUUUAUCAUUCUGUUACCAUAGACAAUUAAAGUAUAACGGCAAGCACAAAAUAACUCUCCAUUAAAAUGUAUGAGACUGACUAUUUAUAACUCUGCUUAGAAUGCGACUCAAAAACCUCAAAAUAACUAGUAUUUAAACUAUUCUUUAACUCGGAUGCUACGGUAAACAUGACCUGAGUGGCGAGUGUGCAGUCACUGUCAUUCCUCGGUCACACGCCAGCUCGUAGUGGCACGCGUGGCUUCUUGUCACGUCCCGUCAGCACCAGGUCUGUCUUCUGCCUCCCAGCUGAACAGCCGUGAUGUCUCCCACUCGCUGCUCACACGCUCCUUUGUUCUUUGUCCUUUGUCCUAACGGUUUCUGUUAAGAUCUCAGAAGUGAAGGCUUGGUAAUAGCAUCUUUGAGUCAUGUAAUUUUGUGCUUUUAUUUUUAUAUGUAUUUUUGUGUGUGUAUAUAUGUUAGAAAAGUAGUUUGUUUUGUUUGGAAAUCAGUUUUUUUUAUGCAAUAAAUAUUUUUACAAGCAAA